AUGUUUGUUUUGAUAUUUAUCUUCAUCAUAUCGUUAUAAGCUUAAACAUAUGUUGGAUAAAGUCCCUGCUCAACAUUAACAAUAGCAAAUUGUGGAGUGGAUGCAAUUAAUGGAUAAGGCUGGUGUUAUUGGGAUAGGUAGAACGUGAAAAUAAUAAAUUAGCACUCUUACUCCUCCUGCUUGUGUUACUUUACCUUGCUAUCUUAUUGAUGAAGCAGCUGCCUGUAGAACAGGAGGAUCUUUAAUAACAGGUGGUGCAAAUACAGAUUGCGAUUCUCUGGGCACAAUUAGUUUAGAAUAUGAUAAUGUUUGCUGUGAUAAGGGUCUUGGUAAAUUGAGUCAUGCCUUCGUAAGAUUCCCCAUGAACUUCGAUGGGUUUGUUGAUUCUACUAAUGACAACUCUCCUACAUAUAUGUCAACCUUGGAUAUUAGCGUCAGUGUCAAAGAAAUGUUCAAAUUGUACACUGUCAACCCUUGGCUAGCAUAUAAGGAAGCAAGCGAGCUUUAAUUUCAAGAUAGGCUGAAUGCUAUCUUAGAUAAAUACAUAGAGCCAACUACAAGAGACGUUCUACUAACUGAACCAAAAUCUCAUCCCUUCUACAUUGAGCGAAUAGUCUACUAGUCUCUAUAACUACUAAGAGAUUGGACUGUCAUCCACAAGUCUCCUCUAAACCUUAGGUCAGCUAUCCUACCUAAGAUUUGGAGUCUAGCUCUUAUUGCUUUAACUAGAAUGACAACAUUUCAACCCAAUUACUAUCGUUCCCACCAUUACAUUAUCAACUUUGCUAUAAUUCCGUACUUCAAAAACUCUCUCAAAAUACUAGGCUAAGACCAUACUUUUACUAUUGAUUGGAGUUCUUUCCCUUAUAAUAGUAAUGGCUUUGUGAUGGUUUAUUCAUAUCCUCCUGAACAAUUUGGAAUUAUUAAGACAUAUUCUGAUGUGAUUUGUAUUCGUCCAUUCCAAGGAUCAAGUGUUACAUAUGUAGAUUCAAACGAUAAUUAUGAUAAUACCUUCUCCUAAAUUAGAUUUACUUAUUAUUGGUAAGAAGGCACAUAUGCAAGUAUAGAUUAAACUAAGGUCAAACUAUUUUUAAUUUCUGAUGAUACUUAAACUAUCACAGAUACUUUGCUGGUUUUUACGUGCAACUAAUCUCAAAGAACGUGUACAAAUACUGUUAAUUAUCCACCUGCCACUACUCUGGAUCGUAAAGGAUAAAAUUUUUUUCUUGCUCCCGAUGAUUAUAAUUCAAUAAGUGAUUUCAAAAAAUCAUAAUGUAUAUUAGCCUAUAAGACCUGGACAACUAAUUGUGCGUGAG